AUGGUUGCAGAACCAGUACAAGCAUCAGUUCAAUUUAUAACAAGAUUAUAUAAAAACACAAAUGAUUUUAUUAAUGAGCAAACUGAUAGAAUUACAAACUCAGAUUAUGUUAAGGAGAUAAUAAGUUUCACUAAUGAUCAAACUUCAAACAUCAAAUUCAACAACGGCUCAUUUUCACCACCUCCUCCUCAGAUUGACCCGCUAAGUACAAAACUACUAAAUAGCAUUUCAGAAAAUAAAUUAAAAUAUUUUUCAGUUUUUUCUAUUGGAUUAGGAUUAUCUUCGUAUUAUAUAUAUCAAAAAUCUUUACCCAAGGUCAAUUUCAAAAGAAGGGUUCCUAAAUUGCGUAAUGGGAUUAGAAAAGAUGUUGUUUUAAUAAUUGGAUCUCCAAUUGAACCAUUAACAAGAUUAAUUGCUUUAGAUUUUGAAAAACGUGGAUUUAUAGUAUAUUUAACAUUAUUUGAUAAUACAGAUUGUAAAUACAUUCAAUCAAAUCCAAUUACAAAGGAUUUAAAUUACUUAAAUUUACUUGAACAUCAUUCAAUGGAAGACAAUUUAACUCAGUUUCAACAAAUUUUUAAAUCACCAAUUAAAUCAAUGGAUACAGAAUAUUUUUUAAAUCUUAAAAGUGUUUUAUUUGCUCCAAAUUUUUAUUUCCCGAUCGGUCCUAUUGAAAACAUAGCAAUACUGAGUUGGAUAAAAUUAAAUGAAAAAAUGUUACAAAUUUUUAAAGUUUUAAGUUCUGGAUUAAUUAAAUUAAUAAGAAAUCAACAAUCAAAAUUAAUAUUAAUAUAUCCGAAUAUAAUUUCAAAUUUAAAAGUUCCUUAUAAUUGUCCUGAAAUCAUAUUUCAAAAUAAUUUAUCAAAUUUAUUUACUGUUUUGCAAAGAGAAUUAAGUAAAAAACAUGAGAUUCAAACUACUACAAUUAAAUUAGGAAAUUUAAAUAUAUCAAAUAACAGUAAUAAAACUUCAAAUUCAAGAAUUGAAAAUUUAAUAAAUCUGGAAAUUAGAAGUUGGUCAAAUGAAAUGAAGAAUUUAUAUCUGGAAAAUUUUGCAUCUUCACAAUAUAAACUGAAUCCUAUACAAUCGAGUGGUGGUAAAGGUACUAAUUUAAAAGAAUUAUAUCAUUUAUUAUAUGAUUUGAUAUAUAAUAAACAAUAUAAAAUAAAUCCAAAUGUUAUAUAUUGUGGUAAAGGAGCAAGAUUAUAUGAUUUAAUUGGUAAAUUAUUACCAGACUCAUUAAUUAGUUAUUUAAUAAAUUGA